AUGCGCUCGCAGUUGGUCCAAAUCACGUCUAAGAUCACGGCCCUAGCAAAACUCGGAAGCAUAUCGCAGGCCCGAAACCUGUUCGACCAAAUGGCUGAGAGAGACACGAUCGCAUGGAACGCGAUCAUAAGUGGAUAUUCCCACUCGGGACUCCACCAUGAAUCCCUUUCUUUAUUCAACCACAUGAGAUUUAGCAACGUUAAGCCCGAUCACUUCACGUACACUGCAGUACUAAGCGCCUGUGCGGGCCUAAGGGAUUCGAAAUCGGGGCAAAGGUUUCAUGCUCUGGUUAUCGUCUCAGGCUGGAAAUCUUCCCUGCCAGUGAAUAAUUCUCUUAUCGACAUGUAUGGGAAGUUUUUAAGGGCCUGGGACGCACAAAAAGUGUUUGAGAACAUGGGUUUUCUCAGGAACGUGGUUUCGUGGUGCUCGUUGUUGUUUGCUUAUGUGAAUGCGGGUCUUCUCGAUCUCUCGUGCCAUGUGCUUUUUGAUAUGCCGGGUAGAGCGGUUGUGGCUUGGAAUACCGUUAUUGCAGGGUGUUCAAAGUGGGCUCGGCCUGAACUGUGUCUUGUUUUGUUCAGGAGGAUGUUGGAGGAGGAUUAUUGUGGCUCGGAUCAGUGGACUUUGAGUGCGGUUAUGAAUUCUUGUUCCGAAAUGUGUGAGCCAUGCUAUGGUUAUAUGGUGCAUGGUUUUAUAAUCCAAACCGGUUGGGAAAAUGCGGUUGAGGUCAGUAACUCGGUACUCAGCUUCUACAUAAAAUUUGGUGAGGAAGAUGAAAUACUGAAAGCGGUCGAGGCUGUUAGAACAUUCAGUGAGGUUUCUUUGAAUGUGAUCAUUGAUGCAUAUAUGAAGAUUGGUAAUCUUGAAGAAGCUUGCCGCGUUUUUCAGUCUUUGCCCAAUAAGAGAAAUCUCAUAUCUUGGACUUCAAUGAUAGCUGGAUGUGUGAGGAACGGGCACGAGGAACAGGCUUUGAAUUUUUUUAUUGACCUAACGAGAAGUUAUAUUCGGCCGGACGAUGUCACGUUGGGAGCCGUCCUGCACGCGUGUUCUAAUCUGGCGGCACUCAGCCGAGGUCGAGCGGUUCAAGGCCACGUGAUUAAAUCCGGUUUCCAUGCCUAUUGUUAUGUCGGCAAUAGCCUCGUGAACAUGUAUGCCAGAUGUGGGGACAUUCUCGAUGCUCAUCGAGCUUUCGAGGAAGUCCCAUUCAAGGACCUGAUUUCAUGGAACACAAUGUUGUUUGCAUUCGGGUUGCAUGGGCAGCCGGUGCGGGCCAUGCGCGUUCUCGAGGAAAUUUCAGCUUCUGGACUGAGGCCCGAUAAAGUGACGUUUAUCGGGCUUCUGAUGACUUGUAGCCAUUCGGGCCUAAUUGAUAAGGGCCUGCCCCUUUUCGAGUCAAUGUCCUUGAAAUACGGGCUCCGACCUGAUACCGAUCACAUUGCGUGCGUGGUGGAUAUGCUCGUUCGUGGUGGGAAAUUCGAAAAAGCCGAAGAAUUUGUGAAUAAGCACGUCUGUUUAGAUCAGAUUGCGAAAAUGGGCUUAUUGGAGGUGCUUGUCGGGUCGUAUUUGGGUCAGGGGGAUUUGAAGAGUGGGGCCAAGCUGGCAGAAAAACUGUGUGCCCUGAGGCCACGCGAUGAGAUGGGGUAUGUUGUGCUGUCGAAUAUGUACUGCGCGAGCGGGGAGUGGGUGCGAGCCCAGGGUCUGAGGAAGGAGAUGGCCGAUCGAGGAGUGAGGAAAAUGUACGGUUGCAGUUGGGUCGAGGUAAGGAAUCGGGUUACAGCUUUUGUGGCGGGAAGUGAUUCGUUUUCUUGUAUGGAGGAGGUUUAUGGGGUGCUGUCACUUAUUCAGACGGAGACAAGGCAGCCCAUGUCUGUUUUUGGUUGGGAUGGGAUUACGUAG